CUCUAUAAAUCAGCAGGCCUCGAUUUCUCAGUGAAUCAAAUAUCACCUCAGAAUACAAAGGCAUUCCCAGAGAGAGAGAUGGAGAAGAUUAUUUCAUUCUUUGAGCCUGUUUUUUCCUUUCUAUUUACUGUAUUUUUAUAUGUGAUUUCAAAAAGAAUGAAAAGAAAAAAUUCAGAAAGGAAAACUAAGCUCCCUCCAGGCUCAAUGGGGUGGCCUUAUAUUGGAGAAACUCUUCAGCUCUAUUCCCAAGAUCCAAAUGUCUUUUUUUCUGACAGAGAAAAAAGGAAUGGAGAAAUCUUUAAGACACAUAUACUUGGUUGCCCUUGUAUAAUGUUGGCGAGCCCAGAAGCAGCUCGACUCGUGCUAGUCACUCAGGCACAUUUGUUCAAGCCGACAUAUCCGAAGAGCAAGGAAAACUUGAUCGGCCCCUCCGCGCUGUUUUUUCACCAGGGGGAGUACCAUAUGCGCCUUAGGAAGCUGGUUCAGGGCACCUUGUACCCGGAGGCCAUUCGCAACCUGAUGGCAGACAUCGAAGCCAUAGCAGUGUCUGCAAUAGAUUCGUGGACGGGUGACCGUGUCAUAAACAUUUUCCACGAGAUGAAAAAGUUUUCAUUAGAAGUAGGUAUUCUCUCUAUUUUUGGUCAUUUGGAGCCCCAUUACAAAGAAGAGUUGAAGAAGAACUAUAGCAUACUAGAUAGAGGGUACAAUUCUUUUCCAACAAACUUACCUGGAACUCCAUACCAAAAGGCAAGGAAGGCAAGGAAGAGGCUGAGUGAAAUAUUAAGUAGAAUUACAAGAGAAAGAAAGGAAAAGAGCCUUUUGGAGAAGAACCUGUUGAGUUGUCUGAUGAAUUAUAAAGAUGACAAUGGUGAAACUCUAAAUGAUGAGCAGAUUGCCGACAACAUCAUCGGAGUACUUUUUGCGUCAAAAGACACGACCGCGAGUGCCAUGACAUGGAUUCUCAAGUACCUCUACGACAACCGAAAAGUUUUCGAUGCUGUCAAGGCAGAACAGAAGGCAAUAUAUCAAUUGAAUCGAAAUGAAAAUAAGCAUUUAACAUGGAACCAGACAAGAAAUAUGCCCUUUACUUACAAGGUGAUUUUGGAGAGUUUGAGAAUGGCAAGCAUUAUAUCAUUUACAUUUCGAGAGGCAGUCAUAGAUGUGGAAUAUAAAGGGUACCUAAUUCCAAAGGGAUGGAAGGUCAUGCCUUUAUUCAGGAAUAUUCAUCACAAUCCAGAUUUCUUUGUUGAUCCUCAAAAGUUUGAUCCUUUUAGAUUUGAGGAUGUGGUGAAACCCAAUACAUUUAUGCCAUUUGGCAGUGGAGUACAUGCCUGCCCUGGUAACGAACUUGCUAAGCUAGAGAUGCUCAUUAUGAUCCACUAUCUAGUCUCUCAGUGCAGGUAUGAGGUGGUGGGAUCCCAAAGUGGGAUUGAAUAUGGCCCAUUCCCCAUCCCAUCGCAUGGACUACCAGCCAGAUUCUGGAAACAAGAAUCAUACAAUUAAGUAGGCCAUACCAAGUCAUAUUCCUUAACGAAAUUUCACUUUUCCUCUUUGCUUUCAAUCUAAUUUGCCCCUUCAAACUAAUAUGGGGUUGGCCCUCUUUUCCUCAAAAGCAAUUAUUGAAUUAAUCAAGGAAGAAUUGUAUUCAUAUUUCUUAUCAGUUACAGCUUGUAAAAUGUGUGCUACUUUCUUUGAAGAAUUGGAAUUGAAGUAUUAAUGCUACAAAAAAAUGAUAAAAUUUGAUUUAGUUGAA